UAAACUCCAUGCCCUGCGUCCCCAAACUCUGUCCCCAGCACCGCCGGGCGGAGGAGCAAGGGACGCCCCGGCGCCUGCCUCCCCCCGCAGGACAGGGCCCCCUCCGCCCCGCUCCGCUCUUACCUGCCACCGGGGAGGGUUUGCGCAGCACCAGCCACCUACUCUUCCACUGCAACGAGAGGCAAAAGGAGAGGGGUUUCGGUAGCGGGAGGAGAGACCGGGAGCGCCCGCAGCCCCUCCGGGCCGUCUCAGCGCAUCCCCACCCAGGCACAACCUUCAGCCCCGCUCCCCGUCCCGCUCCUGCUCCGGGCGUUGCCGGUGACCGCCGGGGCAGCCCCACGGCCCGGGGGGGGAGGAAAAGUCCGGGCCGAACCCCUUCAGCCUCCGGAGAGCGGGGCCUGGCGCGCCGAGACACCCCCACCCCCGAACCAGAGGUUUCCCUAUAACGCCCAAAUCUCUCUUUCAAACGCUGUAAUUAGCGCUUCCCUUGGCUCCCGGAAGAAGAGCAGCUAAAUACCCCAGAUAAAAAUACUUCUGUUUUUUCCUUUUGCACUGCAUCUGUCACGAGAUAACUGCCCACUUACACCAAACCCAGAGCAGCUACAAUUAAGAGAAUAAGAUGUGCUAAUGAUGUCCUCAGAUUUAUUUCAACGUGGAAUGGAAUAACUAGAGUCCAUUAUUCUAAAAAUAUUCCCACUGCAUUUUAUCUGAUGGUAAUUAUUUCUUCAGAUUUUUUUUUUUAAUCACCACAGCACUUUUUUUCCUUCAACAGCAUAAUAGAACAUUUUAGAUAUUUGCAUUUUGUUUCUUCCUUUGAAUAAAUCAGUUUGCAUGGAAUAACAUACAAUUUUUAUAAAACCAUCUUUAAAUGGGUUUCAUAAUGAAUUAGGGAUCUGUUUGUUCAACUGGCCUUGCAUUCUAAUUCAAUUUCAAGACAAAUGUUAGGAAAAAUAUCAGGUAAAAUUUCCCUAGUAAAUUUAAGUUGGCUUUUCAUUUUAAUCAGAGAUAAGCUCUGAAAGACAGGAGAAAAAU